GUCGCUACUUGCAUUCGCCAUCAUGGACGAUAUCGUGAUGAACGGUUCGUCGGAGGUGCGCCCCCCCCACCCACCGCCAGAGCCCAUCGAGCGACCUCCUACACCCCCUCCGCCUCCUCCAGAAGACUCCGUCGCCCCUCCUCCGCCGCCAGAUGCGGCCGCGCCUCCACCACCGCCCGAAGACCUGCCUCCUGCGCCUCCGCCGCCAGAGCCAAAGAAGAAGAAACUUGGAUGGGGCGCGAAGAAGCCAGUGGCUACACCGCUGAGUGUAGAUGAGCUGGUUCGCAAAAAAAGGGAAGCUGAUGCGGCUGCUGCUAGGCCAAAGUUUCUGUCGAAAGCAGAGAGAGAACGACUAGCCCUCGAGAAGCGAGCUAAAGAAGUCGAGGCGGACCGAAGGCUAAAGGCUUCCAACGGUGUUGACAGGAGCGCAACUCAGCCGCCUUCUAUGGGCUCUGAUAUGAGCAAUGGUGAUGGAAGAUUUAUACCCACCGGCCCUCGGGCUAUGAGAAAGUCAGACGUUCCUACCGCACCCGCCGCCAUGCGGAACCCUCAAUCCCAUAAUAAGCGUCACGACCUAUCGCCGCCAUCUCCGCCAAAGUCAAUGUCUUUCGGUCUGACAGUUUCGAAAGGGGACAAGCGGCCAGUGGACGAUGAGGAAGCUGUCGCUCAGGCAGCAUUAAUCAAACAAAGAUACAUGGGAGCAGAGCAGACAUCGAAUUUCUCAGCGAAGAAGAAGCGGAAGAGGACGACAGACCGGAAAUUCAACUUCGAAUGGAAUGCAGAAGAAGACACAAGCGGCGAUUACAACCCCCUGUAUCAAAGUCGACAUGAGGCGAACUUCUACGGACGCGGUCGUCUCGCAGGUUUCGGCGACGAUGUCGCCGAUGACGUGGCCAAGAAGUACGCAAGAGCUCUGGAGGACCGUGAUCGUGAAGCGGGGAGUAUUCGGGCGCGAGAGAUUCUGGAAAUGGAGCGCCGACGGAGAGAAGAGAGCACCCGCAACCAGCUCGACAAGCAUUGGAGCGAGAAGAAGCUGGAGCACAUGCGCGAGCGCGACUGGCGUAUCUUCAAGGAAGAUUUCAACAUCGCUACCAAGGGUGGAAGUGUACCGAACCCCAUGCGGUCGUGGGAGGAGUCUAAUCUCCCCAAACGUCUCAUGGAGCUUGUCAACAAGGUUGGCUACAAGGAGCCUACGCCGAUUCAGCGCGCCGCUAUCCCUAUCGCCAUGCAGUCUCGCGAUCUCAUCGGUGUCGCCGUCACCGGUUCCGGUAAGACGGCAGCCUUCCUUCUCCCCUUGCUAGUAUACAUCGCCGAACUGCCUCGCAUCGACGAGUUCGAAUGGAGGAAGAACGACGGUCCGUACGCCAUCGUUCUCGCCCCCACGCGUGAACUGGCCCAGCAAAUCGAGAUCGAAGCGAAGAAGUUCACAGGCCCUCUCGGCUUUAACGUCGUCAGUAUAGUCGGAGGCCACUCUCUCGAAGAACAAGCCUACAGCCUCCGCAACGGCGCGGAAAUCAUCAUUGCCACCCCAGGUCGUCUAGUCGACUGCAUCGAGCGCCGCAUGCUAGUCCUCAGCCAAUGCUGCUACGUAAUCAUGGACGAAGCAGACCGCAUGAUCGACCUGGGCUUCGAAGAACCCGUCAACAAGAUCCUCGACGCCCUCCCCGUCUCCAAUGAAAAGCCCGACACCGAAGAAGCCGAGAACGUCACUGCCAUGAGCCAGCACAUCAGCGAAAAAGACCGCUACCGCCAGACAAUGAUGUACACAGCCACCAUGCCAACAGCCGUCGAGCGCAUCGCCCGCAAAUACCUCCGCCGCCCCGCCAUCGUCACAAUCGGUAGCGCCGGCGAAGCCGUCGACACCAUCGAGCAGCGCGUAGAGUUCAUCGCGGGCGAAGACAAGCGCAAGAAGCGUCUCGGCGAUAUCCUCUCGUCUCACGAAUUCCGGCCCCCGAUCAUCGUUUUCGUCAACAUCAAGCGGAACUGUGAUGCUAUUGCCCGCGAAAUCAAACAAUGGGGCUUCUCCUCUGUUACGUUACACGGAAGUAAGACCCAGGAACAGCGUGAGGCUGCCCUGGCGUCGGUGCGGAACGGUCAAACGGAUGUCCUGGUGGCUACCGAUCUGGCAGGCAGAGGUAUCGAUGUUCCGGAUGUCAGUUUGGUUAUCAACUUUAACAUGGCGACUACUAUUGAAAGUUACACUCAUCGUAUCGGUCGUACCGGUCGUGCUGGUAAGAGUGGUGUGGCUAUCACUUUCUUGGGUAACGAGGAUACGGAUGUUUUGUACGACCUCAAGCAAAUGAUCAUGAAAUCGUCCAUCUCUCGCGUUCCGGAGGAACUGCGUAAGCACGAAGCCGCACAAUCGAAGCCCACUCGCGGGUUUGCUAAGAAGAAUGAUGACAAUUCUACGUUUGGCUCGAAAGGUGGAUGGUGAUAACCGAUGUGGAUUGAAAUAAAAGGACAUUAUAGUCACUGUAUGGAGAUCAAGCAGGG